UAUUUGUAGAAUGAUUAAAAUGCAACCAACAGUUUUUAUUUUCGUCCCAGAAAAAUGUAAACAACGAUAACAGUAGUGAAUAAGAAAAUUCAUAAGAAAUAUUUUGAUAUAGGGAGUCGAGUUCAUAAAAGUAUAUACAAACGUCAAGGGUGUGAAAAACCGCGCUAUACGUAAUAUAAUAAUUCUUGUGUAUAUAACAUUCCGCCAGUAAGAAUAUAAAUUAGAGCAAGGAUGCCUUUUGGAAAAUUAGUCGGAGCAAUUGAUGAGGGCACUACGUCUGCCCGUUUCAUGAUUUUUCGAGCUGGUACAAACAAUGUCGUAUGUUACCAUCAAAUUGAUGUGCCAUCUAUUUAUCCACAGGAAGGCUGGGUGGAACAAGAUCCUAUGGUCAUAUAUGAUGUGGUUGUGAAGUGUAUUGAAGAAGCAGUAAACAAACUGGAAAAGUUAGGUGGAUCGGUUAAGGAUAUUGUUGCUAUUGGCAUAACAAACCAAAGGGAAUCAACCAUAAUAUGGGACCGUGAAACCGGUAAACCGUUACAUAAUGCUAUAAUUUGGUUGGAUAAUCGCACCUCAAGUACUGUUGAUGAACUCGUCGAGACAAUACCCAACAAAUCUCGCAAUAUCAAUUACUUAAAACCACUAUGUGGACUCCCUAUCUCGCCUUAUUUCUCAGCAUUAAAAAUGCGUUGGAUGCGCGAUCAUGUAGGCGAAGUUCAAAAGGCCAUGGAGGCAAAUACUUGCCAAGCUGGGACCAUAGAUACAUGGUUAAUCUAUAAAUUGACGGGGGGACCUAAUGGUGGAGUUCACUUAACUGAUGUAACAAAUGCAUCUCGAACUAUGCUUAUGAAUAUCGAGACGUUAAGGUGGGACCCACAUCUGCUACGUUUCUUUGGACUGCCAGUCUCUAUGUUACCACAAAUUCGGUCAAGUGCUGAGAAUUAUGGUGAUGUGGUUGUGGGAGUUUUAAAAAAUGUUCCAAUUACUUCGUGCUUGGGAGACCAGCAGGCGGCACUUGUAGGACAGCAAUGUUUGAAUCAUGGACUUGCUAAGUCUACAUAUGGCACAGGUUGUUUUCUGCUCUACAAUACGGGAUCGUCAAUGGUGCAAUCUAAACACGGCUUACUUACAACAGUCGGUUAUCAAUUAGGUCCACGUUCACCUGUAAUGUAUGCUUUAGAAGGUAGUGUAGCGAUUGCUGGUGCAGCUAUAAAUUGGAUGAAAAACAAUUUGGAAUUAUUUGAUUCCGUCAGUCAAGUAGAGGAGAUGGCUGGAAAAGUUGAUAAUUCUCUGGAUGUUUACUUUGUUCCUGCAUUCAGUGGACUUUAUGCUCCAUAUUGGAACCAAGAAGCUCGCGGGGCAAUUUGUGGACUCAGCGAAGAAACAACGAGCGAGCAUAUCGUGCGCGCAACUCUGGAAGCCAUCUGUUUCCAAGUCAGAGAUAUUUUAGAAUCAAUGCGCAAAGAUUGUGGUAUUCCACUGACGAAAUUAAUGGUUGAUGGAGGUAUGACCGCAAAUAAUCUAUUCCUACAGCUACAAGCCGACCUGGUGGGCAUUAACGUAGUUCGUGCUAAGAUGCAGGAGACAACAGCAUUGGGUGCUGCGCUGGCCGCGUAUAUGGUAGUAGAAUCCAGUUUUGACAUUGCAGCACCCCUCGCUGGCAGUUCCGGUCAACUGAGCGUUUUUAAGCCAGCCAUUGGCAAUCAUGAAAGGAAUAUACGUUACAAAAAGUGGAAGAUGGCUAUAGAACGUUGCAUGAAUUGGGAAUCUUCUACACUGAUGGAAUCUUAAAAGAUAUAAUAAUAAUGUUGUUUGCAAACGAACCAUGAAAAAAACUCCCUACAUAUGUAUGCAUGUAGGUUUUUUUAAUAUGAAUGAUAUAAUGCUUUAAAUAUAAAUAAAUACGAAUUUUAUGUAAAUAGAAAA